AUGAUUCAUAUUGAAACUGUUGAAACUAAUGAAAUAUUUAAUGAUAUUUUAAAUAGAGAAGAUAGUGAUAUUAUUGUUCAAAGUAUUAAAUCUUCUAUAGCUUUAACUUCAAAUACAAAUACUUCUUCUUUUAAUAUUUUGAAUGAAACUACUUCAAAUAUAAAUACUUUUUCAAAUAUUUUGAAUAAAACUAUUUCAAAAAAACUUAGAAAAAAAGGAACUAGUUGGACUUCUAAUUAUAAACUAUAUAUUGGUAUUAUAAUUCAUUGGAUAUCAGCUGAUUUUAAAUUAUACCAAGUAUUAUUAUUAUUAGAAGAAAAUUUAUACUCACAUACAGCAAUAAAUAUUUUUCAAAAAUUAAAAUCAAUAUUUGAACAAUUUAAUUUAGAAAAUAAAUUUAUUGCUAGUGUUACUGAUAAUGUACCAAAUAUGAUUGCAGCUAUGAAAAACUUCAAAAAUAUUAAACAUAUAAGAUAUGUAGCAUAUACUAUUCAAAUUUCAGUUAGAAAAAGAAUUGAAGAAAUUAAUAGUUUAGUAAUUAGAAUUUCAAAUUUAAAUAAAUUUUUAGUUAAUCCUAAUAAAUAUCAUGAAAAAUUAAGAACAAUUCAACAAAAUAAUAGUAUAGAAUUAACAAUUUUAGAUAGUUAUGAUAAUAUUGUUAAUAAUGAUAAUA